GAAGUAUACAUUCCCUAUUUCUUCCUAACGAAGAAAAUACGAAAACAUAAAACAAGAAACCCACACUAGAAACUUAGAAGAGGAGAGAGAAUCGCGAAACAAGAUCAAAUCACAUUCUACACGACCAAACAAAAAUAAUAAAGAAAUAAAAUCACAGCACACAAUUCUCUCUCAUCUUCGCUCAAAUUCGUCGACAAUGAUUGAAACAGAAUUGCAUGAUUUGUCCGAUGAUGCUGAUUACGCCGCAUCUCAGCAACAAGGUUCACAAAGUAUAAUGAGGAGUGAUAGUGGAAGAAGGAGCGAGCCGGAAGGGGCGGAGGUUGUUUAUGUGAAGGAUAAUGUAUCGAUUCAUCCUACGCAGUACAUGUCUGAAAGAAUUAGUGGCAGAUUGAAGUUGAUUAAACAAGGAGAUUCAUUAAUUUUGAGUUGGAUUCCGUACAAAGGGCAAAACACGAAUGCGAGGCUUUCAGAGAGAGAUAGGAAUCUCUAUACAAUAAGGCCACUUCCAUUUACUGAUGUGAGGUCCAUCAAGAGGCACACUCCACCACUUGGCUGGCAGUAUAUUAUCGUGGUGCUAUCUUCAGGACUUGCAUACCCUCCUCUGUAUUUUUAUAAUGGAGGAGUUAAGGAGUUUUUGACCACCAUCAAGCAACAUGUUUCUAUUGUGAGAUCAGCAGAUGAUGCAAAUGUGUUCGUUGUGAAUGAUUUUCAAGAUCCUCUCCAGAAAACUCUGUCUUCGUUGGAGCUUCCAGGGGUUGUAUCUGUCGCCUCAUCAUCUACAAAUGCUUCUGUUGAUGUAUCCCCCACUCUGGGAAACCAAGUAAGGGCUGAUGGUAGUGCCUAUGAUAGUAAUAUUAGUUUGCAAUCCCUUAGAAGACAAAGGAAUAAGGCCAAUGAUCCUGCUAAGGAUCUUUCAAUUCAGGUUUUAGAAAAAUUUUCUCUGGUCACCAAAUUUGCUCGGGAAACUACCUCUCAGCUGUUCGGUGAAAAUAAUGGUGAACAAUUCUUCACAAAUGAUUUAAAGAAGCCUAGCCAUAGCCAGUCCCUGCCUGAUCUUCAUUCCACUUCCUCAUCAAAUGAUCUGGAAGAAGUUCCCUGUGAAGCACCUGUACCAGCAGACCCUAUGGAGUUUGAUAAAUUGGCACUGGUUUGGGGAAAACCACGACAACCUCCCCUGACAAAAGAAGAGUGGAUAACUUUCUUGGAUUCUGAGGGAAGAGUAGUUGAUUCAAAAGCUCUGAGGAAGAGAAUAUUUUAUGGUGGUGUUUCCCAUGAACUGCGAAAAGAGAUCUGGCCAUUCUUGUUGGGAUGCUACGAUUACAAUUCAACAUAUGCUGAACGGGAAUACCUUCGAUCUGUGAGAAAACAGGACUAUGAAAUUAUAAAGCUUCAAUGGCAGAGCAUAUCUCCAGAACAGGCAAAAAGAUUUACAAAAUUUAGGGAGAGGAAGGGCCUGAUUGAGAAGGAUGUGGUGCGGACAGACAGAUCAUUUUCUUUCUAUGAUGGAGAUGAUAAUCCAAAUGUCAAUCUACUACAUGAUAUACUGCUAACGUAUUCAUUUUACAAUUUUGACCUUGGUUAUUGUCAGGGUAUGAGUGAUUAUCUUUCCCCUUUAUUGUUCGUCAUGGAGGAUGAGUUUGAAGUAUUUUGGUGUUUUGCUGCACUAAUGGAACGCGUGGGACCAAAUUUCAACCGUGAUCAAAGUGGCAUGCAUGCUCAGCUUUUUGCAUUAUCAAAGCUGGUGGAACUAUCCGACAGUCCAUUGCACAACUAUCUUAAGCAGAAUGACUGCUUAAAUUAUUUCUUUUGUUUCCGCUGGAUUCUGAUACAGUUCAAAAGGGAACUUCGCUAUGAGGAAACAAUGCGGUUGUGGGAGGUCUUGUGGACACAUUAUCUAUCUGAGCACCUGCACCUGUAUGUUUGUGUUGCAAUCCUGAAGAGAUGUAGGAACAAAAUAAUUGGAGAACAAAUGGAUUUCGACACACUGUUGAAGUUCAUAAAUGGGUUAAGUGGCCAUAUUGACCUUGAUGCAAUUUUGAGAGAUGCCGAGGCACUGUGUAUUUGUUCCGGAGAGACUGGAGCCGCGUGCAUUCCUCCGGGUACUCCCCCUUCUUUGCCUAUGGAAAAUGGUCCCUUGUCGUCUCAGCUGGAGGACGAGAUAUUGUAGUUCUUUCUGGGUUUCUGUACAUAGCUAUGAGCUAUAAGAAACAAGAAUUUAUACUUGUGAAUUUCUUGAUGUAUUUGGACCUUUAGCUAGGGGAGGAAAAUAACCUCGUUUAUUGUAAAGAAAUUCAUUCUGUUAUGUCAAAGUAUCUGGCUUGUACAGUUUCUUAGGUGUUUGAACUUGCAAGGCAAGGAAUUUGAAUUUGUACGUUGCAUUUCACUGCCAAUAUAUACUAUGUUUCUGACAA